CCUAGGACCUUGGUUACAGAGAGAAAUUAAUACGUUUCCUUCACGAAAGUUUACAAGAUUUUGCCGCUUUAUUUCAAUAUGAUUUCCAUAGUUUCAAUUUUAUUUUGGACAUUAUCAGUCAGUAUAUUGGUAGCUAUCACCAUUUUCGUCGGGUUGGUAAUCUACUUGCUCCUUAUACACGCGAAGUACGACCAUUUACCCGGACCCAAAAGAAAUGGCUUCCUCACCGGUAACAUGGCGUUAGUCUACGAAAAGAGAACCAAACUCAACUUAACGAUCCACCAGAUUUGGGCCGAGCUUGCCUUGCAACACUCCCCAAUGUUCGUGUUUUGGUUUUUCCAUCGUCCAGUUGUCAUUAUAACAGACGCUCAGCUUGUAAAGGAAGUCUUAAUUACGAAAAAUCUCCCAAAGGACAAGUUCGGAUACAGCCAUCUCGCCUUGCUUUUUGGCGAGAGAAUGCUUGGACAAGGACUUCUUUCCGAAGUUUCCGAAGAGGAGUGGCACUGGAAGAGGGCCACAUUGGAUCCAGGGUUUUACCGUCCGAGUAUAGUGGGGAUGAUGGAAAGUUUUAAUAUGACAUGCGACUCUUUCUUACAAAGAUUAGAGACCCUUGCUGAUGGAAAAGCGGAAGUUUCCAUGGCUGAGGAACUUGUUAGGAUAAACUUAGACGUGAUAGCAAAGGUUGCCUUUGACCUGGAUUUGAACUCAACAAAUAAUCCUGACACCCCAAUACCUAUCAAUAUCAGGAUAGCUUUGGAGGGCCUCAUUCAAAGUUUCAGAAAGCCUUUCAUGCGGUUCCAGCCCUCCACCUUUGGCUACCAAGCUAAAUGCAGAGAGGCUGUACGUUUUGUGAGAGGUGUGGCCAAGGAAGUGAUUGAGAAAAGAUUGAAGGCAAAAAUGAAAGGAGAAGAUCAACAUAACGAUCUCUUGUCACACAUUCUGCUGUUACCCGAGAGAGACAGUUGCACCACAAUGGAUGACAUGGUAGAUCAUUUCAUGUCAUUUGUAGUUGGUGGUGAGGAGACCGUCUCGAAUCAUUUAACGUUUCUUCUUGCGGCGAUAACUUCUCAUCCCAGGGUGGAAGAAAGGAUUGUGGCUGAAAUUGAUGAAGUCCUAGGCAGUCGAUGUGCCAUGCGCUACGAAGACCUCGCAAGGCUCAAAUAUCUGGAACAGGCAAGCAAGGAGGCUCUGCGCCUGCAUCCACCAGAACCAGCGAUCACGCGCGUUGCGAAUGAAAGCAUGACCCUGGGCGACUACCACAUUCCCGCCAGAACGAGCAUCAUGGUGAACGCGUAUGUGCUUCAUCACCAUAGUAACUACUGGGACAACCCAGAGGAAUUCGACCCAGAGCGCUUUUCAGCGUCAAAUCAGGAAAAUGUUGAACACUAUGCUUAUUUUCCUUUUUCUCUCGGCCGUCAUACCUGUAUCGGCAUACAUUUUGCUCACGUCGAGACCAAGCUGUUGAUUGCCCGUUUGCUUCAAACAUUCAAGUUCAAUCUUCUUCCAGGUCAAGACCUCAAACAAAUGGAACACAUGACGCUGAGCCCAAAGAACGGAGUGAGGUGCACGCUGUCCCUUAGGUGAACGCUGCCUUCUCUAGCAUUUCACCUAAAUUUUGACUUAGUCGUAUAUAUGAAUAACUUUUUCUUAGUCAAAAUUUGUAGGCACGAGUGGGAAUGGAGUUGUUAGUGUGAAAAAAAAAAACAUAGAAACAGGUAUUCGCGAUUUGGAAACUAGGAUUUGGUGUGCACCAACUUGCAAGAUUAUGUGAACGCUUACGUUGUCACUAGUAAGAUCCCCACGAGACCCCUUACGAACAACGAGAGCUCUCACCGUAUCACGUCAAACUAUUCAAAAUGGCGCCUACUGGGAAUCGAAGCUCAAGCGUCAAUAUUGCUGAUAGCUAAUUCACACCAGGAAAAAACAAGACUAGUUAAACCGGCUGUAAGUGAAUGAAUGUCAGUAAGAGAUAUCUCAAAAACUGAUUUGUCUAUAGGUCUCAAGAAAUCACUAUAGUUAUAACUUGUAUUUUCAGUGA